AUGUUGUUCAAGGCCCUUUGCCCCAAAUCGCCGCUCGGACUUUGCCGCCGCUUUAUGGGGAUGAGCAACACCUUUCAGCCGGCCAUGGAUGCGACGACGGCGCUUGCAAGAGAGCGCGAAUCGAGGGUGCUCUCAAUUCAGUCGCACGUCGUCCAUGGAUAUGCUGGCAACAAAUGUUCCGUGCUUCCGCUGCAGCUCCACGGCUUUGACGUCGACUUUAUUAACUCUGUGCAAUUCUCGAACCAUGCCGGUACUGUGGAGUACUUGACCCCAACAAGGUAUUCAACGGUGCUUGGGCAAAAGCUGGACGACGUGGAUUUGGCAAAGCUUUACGAGGGAUUGUCGACGAAUCGCAUCAACAAUUACACGCACAUAUUAACGGGCUACUGCGGCAAUGUCAAGUUUUUGGAGAAGAUCACCGACAUUGUAAAAGAUCUGAAGAGCAAGAAUCCGGAUGUGUUCUACGUUUGCGACCCGGUGUUGGGCGAUAAUGGCAGAUACUACACCCCGAAGGAAUUGCUGCCCGUGUACAGAGAUGUGCUCAUCCCGCUUGCUGACGUCGUCUGCCCGAAUGCCUUUGAAUUGGGUGAACUUACUGGCCUGGAGGUGACGACCGAGGCGGCAUGUCUACAGGGUAUCGAUUCGCUUCAUGCCAAAGGAGUGAAAACGGUGGUGGUGACAAGUGGGGUUGAGGGAACACAGACACACCUUCGCUGCUACGCCUCAAGGGCGGAAGAAGGCGAAUUGGAUCGCUAUCGAAUAACCUUCCCCCGGCUGCACGGACAGUUCGUCGGUACGGGCGACGUCUUUGCCGCUUUGCUGCUCGUCAAUCUUGAGGAUUCCAUGGGCGAUUUGGAAAAGUCAUUGCGUCGGGUGCUGUCUUCGAUGCAGGCCCUGAUCAAGCGGACGAGUGAGCACGCAAAACAACAAGUCGAGAAGAACCCGAAUACCAUGUGCGAGCUGCGCCUCAUCCAAAGCCGCCUCGACCUCCUCUGUCCGAUCGAUUGCCCGCAAAUUAUGAUCGAAAAAUUA